AUGGCCUAUGGGAUAGAACAAUGCGUUCGAAUAGCAAUCAAUAGGGAUGAAUUUGUGGAAUACGUUCGAGAAAAUUUUGUCUCUCAAGCCAGGUCUUCCGCAGCAGCUUCCAUACACACCUUUACAAUACCGAAACCGUCCUUUACAGCGUUUCGCUUGAUUUAUGCAUCGCCGGUCGAGAUUUCUCAAAGCUCAAGAACAGUAUUAUUAGGAGGUGUUCCUAAUCUAUGGUAUGUACAACAUGAGAACAAUGUGCUGAGAUCUAUCUACAGUUUUGCGUACACGAAACUGCGAAGAAGGGUUCACAAGGUCAAUCGCUACGUCUCAACCAUGAGCUCUUCCUACCGUGAAGCAGAUGAUAGUAAUCAUAGAGCUCCGGUUGAUGAUGCACAGAAGCUUCCUUUGCGAAGCCGAAAAUUAAGAAACCGGUCAGAAGAGGCGGCUGAAGCAAUGAAUGAUGUUAACAUGUCACCUCCCGCUCCCUUAGCAUCUCAAGGAUCUCAAGGAUCUCACGAUCGUCUCCGCAAGAGAACGAAGACGAUGGCAUGCACAUCAGAGCUCAUGGAAGGUAGCAAUAGAGGAAACAUGCGUCUCAGAGACCGAAAUACUAUUUCCUUCGGAUUGAAUCCUCGUGAAGCGCAUCCAACGGAGAUUGAUAGCAUAACAACUGGCUGCAUCGAUGAAGCUGAUGAAACUGAAGAAUAUGAUUCUGAUGAAAAUAGUUGUCAGUUUCAUACCACGGACGAUGAAACCAGUUCUUUACUUACGGUGGAACCUGAAACUAUAUCCCCAAUAUCUCCACAAACCAUUAUCAAUUUAUCACCACAGAAUGGUAUAAAGAACUCUCCAGAGGUCCUAGAAAUGCCAGCAUUAAAGUUUGCAAAGAGUUCAAAGUCGACAGUUCGUUUCAAAGACAAUCUGGAAAGUGCCCCAGCGCUCUCUGUCGGCAGUUCAACAUUUCCACUUCCUAGCCAAUCAGAUCACAGCUGUGACGAAAUAGAUACAUUUGAAUCAUCUCUACUGCAAUUACCCACGGUCGAUUUGAAACCUACUGCAACCUCACAUGAAGCUACCAGGUUGACACUAAUGAAACCGGACCCAAGAAAACUAGAAGCUCAAGAACUGGAAAUGAUAUCAAAGCUAGAAUCUAGACAUAGGGUGUUAAAAGAAGUCCACACUGUUUUCUCGAAAACAGGAAGAAAGCUUCGCCUAGGAAGAGUUCACAAGGAUGUGUCACGCGCAAUAGAUUACGACUUCAAUUUGUCUCAAAAGUUCUUCAAGAAAUAUAAGGCAGGUGAGAUCGUAAAGAUUGAGCGGAUGCUAGUCAUGGUUAAAUCAGCCGUUAAUGCAAGAGAAUCUCCACUUUCUUUUUCGGAAGCAGAGCCGGUUGAUACUAGAGUACUCGAAAGAUGGAAAGAAUACAUUGUGGUUGCUAGAACAACGGGUAAUUCAAGAGCGCCAGUCUAUAUGCAAUUUUACCAUACCAGAAAUAUUCCCAAGCAAAAGGCUUCAUGUCAAAGCUCGAAGGAGUAUUCGGCCAAUUCUAUGGAUUUCCUGCUGGACAGGUCGUGCAUUGUUGGGUUUUACAGUACUCUUGAUAAGACUAUACACAUUUUGAAAUCCUCGCAUCGAAAAGUAGAGUCUCGUAACGGCUCAAUUGAAGAAGAAGAGAAAUUUCCGUUCAAAGUCUAUAUUCUGAGAUGUUGUACCACUUUAUCUGCUGGCUCUUGGAUGUCAUUCUUACAAAAAUCGAUAGGGCAAAAACCUGAGGUAAAAAAGAUUUCAAUACAUCUUCCAGAGGUGGAUGCCACACUGAGCUUACCCCUCACUCCCGAGGUGAGAAAAGAACUCGACCGGAAAGCUGAUCAGGAAAGCGAUGAACUGGAAGUGGUGUUUUUACCAAGAGGUUAUAAAGUCAUGCUGUUUCCUCUUUUACGAUACUUUGAAAUUGUCGUCAGGGAGAAAAUGAUUGAAAGUGGUUUUUCUGAUCAAGUGAGGGAAUGGGAACAUGCAAACAUUCUUAUGGGACUUUGUUGGAAACACUACGACAGGCUUGAAUGGUGUUUUGGCGAUCAAUAUGACUUGCUUUUGGGAACGUUUGCUCUAAAUGCUUCACACCUGCUAGAAUACAGACCACUAACACACUAUCCCAGGUCUGCCCAGUUAGAAGACGGUCAAAUAUCGAUAGAGCCAGCUCCAAUAGAAGGUUUCCUAGUAAGAUGUACUAAUCGAUACGGUCAGGAAAAGAGCGGACUGUUCAAGAAAAAUUACUCGAGAUUCUGCUACUUUUUCUGUUGUGAUGGAUUACUCUUCUUUAUGCGCGCAUUCAAAAGUUUUCCACCUCUGCCGGAAAACGGGUUGGAUGCGUAUGAAGACUGCGUCAAUGACACCGAAAAGCUCAGUAAACUCCUGAAAACAAUCCCUCCUGUAUUCGAACAAAAUCCCUAUCAGUUAGAUCUAGAUAGUCAUAUUGAAUGGCUCAACACUCAUCUGACGCCAAAAGAGUUCAAGAGAAGAGACAACUAUGCAUUUGCAUGCAUGCGAAGAAGAAUCGCACAAGUGAUUAAAGCCGAGGGUGUGAUUGACCUCCGUAAUGUCAGAUCCGUUUUCAAAGUGGAUGAAAAAGAUUUAAUAGAUUCAGAGGUAAGAUACACGGUAUUGAAUAACGCCAAUAACUUUAUUUGGAAAACUAAUAAGAGUGUCACCGAGACUGUUCGUUCAACAUUUGUAAUUGAGAUGAAAAACGGCACUGUCAUGAAGCUGUUGGCUCCAUCCCCUCAGAUUGCUGACGAAUGGGUCCAAAGGCUUACACGCUUGUCGCAACACUGGAGUGCAAGACGAAAACAAGAUUUGCAGACCAUGUGGGACGUUAAAGUAGCAAACCUACGAAAUUUGAAAAUUGAUGAGUCAGAAGAGUCCAAUAUUAGCGAGGACACGCCUAAAUGGAUCACAGACCGUGGUGUUGCUAACGAUAAAAUUUUCAAUGUGACUGCCCAUGCAAUGUUACGACCAUUGAUUCACAGUGGUAUGUUGUAUCAAAAGCCUCGCAAACACUCAGUAUUUGAAAAGUACUUCGUGGUAUUAUCCCCUGGAUUUUUGAUCCUCUAUGAGUGCCUAUCCAGGAAGAUCUCAGGUUAUAAGCAUUACUUAACAGUACCUAUUGAGGAAUGUUAUGUAUACUCCGGAAGCACAACUUCAAUGGACCUAUUAAAAAGGGAUAAGCGGUUCGAUCACCUCAACCCAGAUACCGAAUCCUUGCCUCGGGCAUAUUCUGAUGGAUGGAAAUCUGGAGAGGACGAACCAUCAAGAUGCUUUACCCUAUGGUUUGGCACUAAGAGGGCAAUAUCAAACUACGCAGGCCUUACAAAGCGCACUGCUAAUCGGAGAAACGGGGCAGGCGUUGGGAGAAACGUUCCCCAAAGCGAUGAGACUAUUCUCGAGCAACUGCCAGCUCAGAUUGAUGAUAACUUCGAGAAGAAUCCGGGGCUUUUUCGUGUGGUAAGCAGAUUAGGUGUCACAGGUAGAUCGAUGGUUUUCAUGGCACGCUCAAGACAAGAGAGGGAUCAAUGGGUUGUAAGAAUAUACGCGGAGUUGGAGAGACUAAAAGAAUCGUCUGAUUAUAUCGAAAAACUCUGA